CCUGCGACGUGCUCAAACAACCGUGUGCCAGACUCGACGACGACACAAGCCAGCCUGCCGGGCCCUCCUUCCACACGCUGACGAUGGCCUCAAACUACACCACCCGCGCCCUGCUCGUCCUUGUGACGAUCGCGUCUUUUGCCUUUGCCGCCCAAGCGUUCUGUGACUGCCAGGUGACGUGCGAGAACGGUUACAGCUACACCACCACGCUGAACAGCACCUGCGCCAACUGCGACUUCGACUGCUCCCCGUACUUCAACCAACUUGAGCAACGCUAUUGCCCCAACCAGUGCCGGUUUGGUGGCUGCUCUGAGACCUCCUAUUGCACGGACGUCUCUCACCUCGCUGCUGGUAUCAUUGCGGCCAUUGUGAUUGGCAUCCUGGUUGUGGUCGUCUUCGCUCCGCUUGCCUUUUGCUUCUGCAUGGGCGUUGCCUGCUUCGCCGGUCGCCGCCGCCCCAACUACACUGUCGUGCACACAUACGGCACUGCCUAAGCGGCGGGCAGCCAUGCCGUGCCGUGUUCGCUGCUGCUGAUGUUUACCAGCCUGCGUGACAAAUGCACCACCCGUUCUAGUGCCGCUUUCACUGCUGCACACGCAGUUGUUUGUUGUCGUCGUUGUUGCGUUGAUGCUGCUGCUGCUGCGGCCCUCUUCCGGGACGGCAUUGACAGUCAUGUUUCCUUCUUGUUGCUUGCCCAUUUGUGUGCUGUGUUGUUCCCCUCCCCUCCUGUUCCAGCAAGCCAUGGGCCCGUUGCCUUUUGCACCUUUUUUCCCCCACGGCCUACGUUGUGCUUUCACUCCCCCUCCCUAAGCGAUCCUUUGCUGUACCCGUGCAUUACAAAACGCGUUUAC